UUUAUUUAAAGAAAAAUAUAAAAAAGUGAACUUCGUAAUUGUAUGCGGCGCUAUUUAUUUGUCCUAGUAAAAGUGAAAGUGCUCUAAGAUGAACCAGAUUUUUCAAAGAUCCAUUAGACCUUUGCGCUAUAUGCAGCUAUCGGCUUGUGUGCGCACCAAGAAGACCGGGGCAGCGACUGAUUCGAGCAGUGCGGGUACUGCGCAGCCACAGAGCCUGUCCAAAAUAACACUCGUCCAACCCAACCAAUCGAUCGCAAUAACAACUUUGAAGGAAGCACAAAAAUUGGCUAAACGGCGUGAGCUGCAUUUAGUUAAACAACAGGAUGUCGAUACUAAGACGCAACGACCAAUCUACAAGUUAGUUACCGCAGCCGAGUUGCUUUCUGAGGAUGUGGAUGAGAGUGCAGUUGAUAAGAAAAGCAACGAAAAAAAAUCACAAAAAUCACUUACAAUUGGCUCACGCAUUACCGAACAUGAUUUGGAAUCACGCUUGAAGCACAUAUCGAAAUGGUUGGCGAAAAAUCAUGAGGUUUGCGUACUCAUACAAGGUAGUCCCGAGGAAAUGGCCAAAUGCGAGCAAAUUCUCAAAACUAUUGAACAAAGCGUUAAGGAACCGGAAUUGAUUGGACGUAUUCUCCAAAAGCGCAUCAAAGGUUCGCAUAUCAAGUUUAAUAUUUCGCCAGUUCCGAAAGCAGCUACAGAGGAGGAGAAGCAGGCAUGACAAGUGAUGACCGUGCUUCGGAGUUAUGUAGUAGCUGGUGCACGGCACUACUCAACACAGCUACUUACACAUCGGGCGACUGCAAUAUCGCUAGAUGUAGUUAAUAAUAGAAAUCUUAGUACAUCAUUUAAUGAAGAAAGUAGAAAGCCAGUUAUUGUGUUCGGCGUAUUUACGGUCAUACUCUUAGUUUCAAAAUAUUUCUAUUGGUUUAAAGUGAAGAAAAGUAAACGGGAACAGAAUUAGCUUGA